UUACUCUUUCAUCUAAAGGUGAAAGAGCUGAAUAAAUCUAUGAGGAAGGUGGAAUGUUUCCCCGAGAUGAUGCACAGAUAUAACUCAGAAGUCAUCACGGGUUGCUGAAAAUCAUAGACUUCUUGAAGAAGAAGGUCUGAUUAGAGAUAAAUUAGAGGUAGUUCUGAAACCAGAGCAAUGCUAUUCUCAAACUGGUCAACUUUGUAGUGUGCCAACUCUUUGCCUUGCUAGCAGCCAUUUGGUUUCGAACUUAUCUACAUUCAAGCAAAACUAGCUCUUUUAUAAGACAUGUCGUUGCUACCCUUUUGGGCCUUUAUCUUGCACUUUUUUGCUUUGGAUGGUAUGCCUUACAUUUUCUUGUACAAAGUGGAAUUUCCUACUGUAUCAUGAUCGUAAUAGGAGUGGAGAACAUGCACAACUUUCAUGAGCUGGUAUGACCCAGACCUAGAACACUCUUGCCAGCGGAGACCAUAUUGGACAGCACAGAUCUAAAUCUUUUCCGGAAACCUCCGCAGACUUCCGCAUCCAUCUCCCAGAUAUUGUUUUGUGUUUGCUUUGGGAUACCUCACAGUGUGCCAAAUUACUAGAGUCUAUAUCUUUGAUUAUGGACAAUAUUCUGCUGAUUUUUCAGGCCCAAUGAUGAUAAUUACCCAGAAGAUCACUAGUUUGGCUUACGAGAUUCAUGAUGGGAUGUUUCGAAAGGAUGAGGAACUGACUUCAUCACAGAGAGGUUUAGCUGUAAGGCGCAUGCCAAGCCUCCUGGAGUACCUGAGCUACACCUGCAACUUCAUGGGCAUCCUGGCGGGCCCGCUCUGCUCUUACAGAGACUACAUCAUCUUCAUCGAGGGCCGGGCGCAGCACAGGGCACAGCCAAGCCCAAGUGGGAAAGAGGAAAUGCCAUGUGAGAGAGCAGAGCCGUCCCCGAACAUCGCAGUUAUUCAGAAACUCUUAAUCUGUGGACUUUCCUUAUUAUUUCACUUGACCAUCUCUAAAACAUUAUCUGUGGAGUAUAACAUUGAUGAACGUUUUCAAGCUACAGCUUCAUGGCCAACAAAAGUUGUCUAUCUCUAUGUCUCUCUUUUGGCCGCCAGACCCAAAUACUAUUUUGCAUGGACGUUAGCUGAUGCAAUUAAUAAUGCUGCAGGCUUUGGUUUCAGAGGAUAUGAUGAAAAUGGAACAGCUCGUUGGGACUUGAUUUCCAAUUUGAGAAUUCAACAAAUAGAGAUGUCAACAAGUUUCAAGAUGUUUCUUGAUAAUUGGAAUAUUCAAACGGCUCUUUGGCUCAAAAGGGUGUGUUAUGAACGAGCCUCCUUGAGUCCAACCAUCCAGACGUUCAUUCUGUCUGCCAUUUGGCACGGGGUGUACCCAGGAUAUUAUCUGACAUUUCUAACAGGAGUGGUGAUGACGCUGGCAGCGCGAGCCAUGAGAAAUAACUUUAGACAUUAUUUCAUCGAACCUCCCCAACUUAAAUUAUUGUAUGAUGUUUUAACGUGGAUAAUGACUCAAAUAGCAAUAAGUUAUACAGUUGUGCCAUUUGUACUUCUUUCCAUAAAACCAUCAUUCAUGUUUUACAGCUCCUGGUAUUACUGCCUGCACAUUGCUGGGAUCUUAAUAUUAUUGUUGCUGCCGGUGAAAAAAACUCAAAGAGGAAAGACUACACAUGAAAAUGUGCAGCUGUCGCCAUCCAGAAAGUUCGAUGAAAGAGAAAAUUCUUUGGGACAGAAUAGUUUUUCCACAACAAACAAUGUUUGCAAUCAGAAUCAAGAAAUAGCCUCUAGACAUUCAUCAUUAAAGCAAUGAAGGGGAAAACACUCUGAUGGCUAUUUUGUCUCUGUUAACAGAAACCAAUCUUAGCACCUUUUCGAGGGAUUUGUGUUCGUUUGAAAAGAGAUGAAGUGGGGGGCAAAUGGGACAGAUCUAGAUGGGGAGUUUCCAGUAUACCAGAUUGGGAAUGGAGCGAAUAACCCCUCCCAUGCCAUGUCCCUGGGGGCCACGCCUUAUAUAAAAAUAUUUCCAUGAUCUCAAUGGGCACUCAGGACCUCUGCAGAUGUUGUAGGGUGGUACGUGUGCCCCUCUUGCUGAAUGUAUGUUGCGUAUCCCAAGGCACUAAUGGGGUGAAAGGGUAACCGUGUCAAUCUGGAGGAUGGACAAAAAUUAACUUUUCCAAAUGAAUGUCUUGCCUUAAACCCUCUAUUUCCUACCAUAUUGUUCCUAAACGGUAUUUUCAAGUGUAAUAUUGUAAGAACGCUAUUUCAAUAUUUGAUGUCAUGGUCUUGUAAAGGAAUUCCAGAGGAAUUUGAAACAGGAUAUUUAAGAUCGUGGACACUUUAAAAAUGCAAUAAACAUCUCAGUAUUUGAAGGGUUUUCUUAAAGUACCUGAAAUGACCAUUGUACAUAGCGAAACUAAACAGAAAGGGAUGCCAAAUUAUAGGUAGCUUAUUUUCCUGGAGAAUUUAAUUACUUUGUGUUGGUCAGAGCCCAUCAAGGGAGAAUUUCUUCAACAUAAUUAAAGGUUGGUAAUGCGAUAUUUUAAACUUAUUUUCUUAAAAAAAAAAAAAGGAAAGAGAACAAGAGAAGAUGAUGAAGGAAGGAAGGAAGGCAGGCAGGCAGGCAUGGAUGAAGAAAGCACCAUGUGGACUGGAGCUGGUGGCAGCUGGGGCAGGGCACGGACCAGGUGCUCAGCAGAAGUGCUUUUCCUCUUCAUGUAUCUGAGUUCUUUUUGAUUCUGUAAGAUGUAAAAGUGUAAUGACUUUUUAAUAUGUUGGACUUUUAAAUGAAAUUUGCCAGGCAAAAAUCAUAUAGAAUUAUGGCAAGAUUAGGAAAAUAAUAGUGGUAGAUGGUACGAGGGCUGUGUAGGAGAAAUCACUGGGUUAAGGUAACAAUCUAUCUAAUCGCUUCCUUAUCCUUGACAGCUUAAGUCAUAAUUGGGAAUGUUUUAGGGAAAUGAAAACUUACAGUCAUCGGGUCUGACCCACCUUUUUAGAGAAUAAAAGAAAUUAGUUUCCAAACUCUUAAAUUCUCACUUUCAAAUUUGGCUCUUAACGCUUUUUAAUGAAUUUUAGGUUCUAUGAGUAGGAAAAAAACAUGCUUCUAGCAUAUAGGCCAUUUUCACCACAGUUAAUCUCACCUUGAAUUAUCAGAUGUCUCUGUUAACCCCACAGUCUUGGGGUGGCCGCAGUGGCUGAAAGCAGAAGAGUGGGCGGCGAGGCCACCCUGGUAUGGGCUUCAGCCACAAGACUUGGAGGUGAGAGAGGAGGUGAGCGGGGCCUUCUGACUCCACCUUUAUUUGACCACUUUAUUUCCUUUCUUGCCUUAAAUUUUCAAUGAAAUGCAAAUUGUCUAUGGUGAGUAUAUAUAUAUUUUUUUAAUUUUUGUCGUGAAUAAGUUUGCAAAUGUAAUUACUGCAGAACAGCCAUCUGGCUUAAGCUCUGUGGUUUUUCAUUUAAAGAAGAAAGAACAACAACUAUACCAGGAAUUUUUGAGGUCCUCAUCAGCAAAAAUAUCAGUGGAUCUUUUUUAGAACUUUAGAAAUAUCCUAGUCUUUGAUUAUGUAAGAUGUUUUUAUUUUUCUAAAGGUAAAUUUUUUCCACCUGCCGAGGUUAGCCAAAUCCUGUUACUUCCCAGAAAGAGAGAGGUAGCUAAAUAAAUUUUCUCUGUUUUCCCACACACUGAAAUUAAGCCAGCUGUGGGGUUUGAGAGGAUAGAAAAGAAUAAUCAUGGAAAGUAUCUGCCCCUAAAAGAUCUCCUUAAUUAAUGCUGCAGAGAUCUGAUAACUACUUUAAAAAAAGGUAGAUAAAUUUAGGGUUUAAAGGACAAGUCUAGACAUGUCAUAAGUAAAAACAAGAAAACUUAAUAAAACUCUUUCUCAGCCCAAGUGGCCAUUUAUAAAUAAUCACUAUUUAUUUCUAUUACCUGUGUCAUUUCUCAGCCUCAAAACCUAAAAUCACUGUUACCUGUUUUAUGACGCUGUCAUUGCAGAGAGCAAGAUGACUAAGAAUUCUCUAGUUCCUUUGAAGAUAAUACAUUAUCUAUACAAUUUGACUGAUUUUCGUCCCCUGGAUCAACUAAGUUUUGUAUUUUUGUUUCUUGGGGUUUUUUUUUGGUAUGAAAUGGGUUUUGGAUAGCUUUUCUCUAAUUUUGGAGGGAUUAAAAUAAGUUUGUAACCUAGAAGAAAAGCUAAAGAAAUAAUUCUAAUUCUCAACCUGACUUUUCUCCUCAAGAAGAAACUUUUUGUGUUCUACGAAACAAAUAUAUCUGCUUGGAGUGUUACAAGGAUUAAUGCUUCCCUUCUACUUAGAGUAGAAGAUUUGAAAACUGGUGUAUAUCUCUACAUACUGUUAAGUAUAAAGGGAUUCAUUGUACUAUGUGCUCCCUGCUCUUUUAAUCAACAGAACAAGAUGCAGUACAUAUUUAUAUUAUUUCUCCACCCUUUAGUUGUCAUGAAAUCACUCCAGAGAUGAUCUGUGACCAUCAUACUUAGACUUUUGGUUCAGGUUCAUUAUUAUACUACUCAGGGAAAAAAAAAAUUGAACAAAAAUAAUUACUCUUCCCUCAGUUUCAUUUUCUUAAAUCAGUAACAGUUAAUUUGAUGUAUGUCAGCUAUCACCAUUUUACAAGUAACUUAUCCUCAGUUUUUAAAAAAAGCGUUUUUAUUGGAACUCAGGGUAAUUGGGGAAAUGUAUUUACCUUCUAAAACAUCUAGCCUAAUAGAGAGGGUUUAUUUGGCUUCAACAAUGUCCGGCUACCACCAUACUUUUAGUUAAAAAGUAUUUGUGUCAUCAACCCCUGCCAUGUGUGACAUUCACAUACAGGAUUUCCACAGAUACCAGUUUUCAGAAAAAUUUGCAGUAAAAGAGAAUGGUUCUAAAAAAGCAAAGGUAACUCUCAUUGAAGCACUCGUUGCCCUGGGAGAAGACCUGGAUGUUCAUCUGGCUCUUUUAUUAAUCAGUUGGGAUUUGAGCAAGUUACUUGACUUCUAAAUGAAAGUUCCUUAAUAAGAAAUUAAAGGAUCAGGUCCGUAAGUUUAUGACCAGUUGUGUUUGUAAUGAGUGGAAGCCAUUAGCAAGAUUUGUAAGAGUCAUGGACAAAGGCAGAUUCACAAUCACAACUGUUAUCGUGGUUAUUUAUUUUUAUUGAGCUCAAAGCCCUGACUUUUCAAAAGGUUUUCUUGGCAACAGAGGAAAACCUUCCAGUCUGUUAAAUCAGAAGGCGUGGCACCAUACCAUUUCCCCUAAAUGUAGCCCUUAAAGAGAACUUUUGAAAAUGAAAUGGUCUCUAUUGAAGGCAACCUAUUCUCCUUUUGCUUUCUCUGCUUCUUUGGUUGGUUGUGCUAGGUGAAGCUGAAGGUGCUCUACGCUAGAAAAUGUUAGUACAAACCAUCAAGUUUACUGGACAGGAUCUUACCAUCAUGUAACUUCUCAAAUAUUAUUUCAUUCAAAGAUAGUUAAGGCACAUUUAAUUUAGUUUGCACAUUUUAAACUACAAAAGAAAUGACAUUAAAAUUUUGCCAUUAAAAUAAUUACAAAAUGUAUACUUUUAUUCAAGGACUAGAUUACAUUUAGGACAAAAAAGUUUUUCCUAUUUGAAAUUCCUACCUUGUAAAUUUUAAUUUGUAUAUUCAUGAGCAGCUCUGGACAUUUAUACUGUUUUGUUUCCUUGUUAUAAACUUUCAGAUUGUUAGUUAAUUGACUGUAAGAGUUCUAUGUUAUGAUUGAAAGAAAAAGAUUACUGGGGAGAAUAAUUGUUUCGGAAUGGUGCCUGUUACUGUGAUGUCAAUGAAGGAUUUGUCCGGAGUUUUAAAUAUAAGCCAGUAUUUUAUGGAGGUUUCCUCAGCCACCCUAGUCUAUCUUGGCUGAAAUUGAGUACAUCAGAUUUAACAUAGGUGCGGAAUUCUACAUAACACUGUGAAAUGUAAUCUUAACUGCCCUCAAGUACCUUAUUAAACUCUUACUCUGAA